UUAUGUGGACAAACCGAACCGUACGGUUUGCUUCUCACGGCACGGGGCAUGUGUAAACCGUACGGUGUCCACGGUUUAAGUUUUUUUUUGUGACCAGACGUUCGACGUGCGCAUUGUAGCCCGUAUGUUACCACGUGGUUAUCAUUCGCGCCAAAGAAGCGAAACUAAAGCAAGGAGGAGCGGCGUGUACAAACAUGGCAAGUGGAAGUGAGGAAGGCGGGCCGCCUAGGCCGGACAUGGAGGAUGCACCCUCGUCAUUUAAGUCAGGUGUGUGGGACCAUUUUGGAUUCCGCGUCACUUAUGAUGAUGCUGGCAAAAAAAACGUGGAUCGAACGGGAACGCUAUGCAAGCAUUGCAAAAUGUAUGUCCCGUACGCUGAUGGAAACACUUCAAACAUGGCCAGCCAUGUGCGCAGAUAUCACCCAAGUUUGGUAGUGGAGGGGAGGAGAGGAGCGCCUGCCAAAAAGCCAUUCACCAUUAGCGCGGCAUUUAAACAACCUCUGGCUGCGGACACCGCCAAGGCCAAAUCAAUUUCAAAAGCCAUUGGUUUAUUCAUCGCAAAAGACAUGCAGCCCUACAGCGUGAUGGAAGGUGAAGGCUUCAGAAACAUGCUGAAGGUGCUGGAGCCGCGAUAUGUGAUGCCCACUCGGAGAUACUUUGGCACGAAUGUCAUUCCACACCUAUAUGAAGAGACAAGACAGGAUAUAGUUAAAGAGCUAUCGGAGGCAUGCCAGGUAGCGCUGACAACAGAUGGAUGGACUUCCAGGUCCACGGAAAGUUACCUAACAGUGACCGCCCAUCACAUUACGCCCCAGUGGGAGUUAAGAAGCUGCGUGUUACAAACGCGCCCGAUAUACGAGAGCCACACCAGCGAAUUCCUAUCCCAAAAGCUGAGAGAGGUGGUGGAGGAGUGGGCGUUGGAGAGGGGCAGCGGCAGUAUUCCUGUUACAACGGACAAUGCCAAAAACAUUGUGAAUGCCGUAGGUUUGACGGAGGGACUUGGGCCACAGAUUUCCUGCUUUGCGCACACCGUCAACCUGGCAGCCAAAAGUGCAAUAUCCAAUGCCCAGAUCGCACGACUGUUGGCGAGAGUCAGAAAGGUGGUUACUUUUUUCCACCGCAGUACUACUGCCGCCUUCGUAUUGAAAACGAAACAGGACUUGCUGACCUUGCCAGAUCACAAGUUAAUUCACGACGUGCAAACUCGCUGGAACUCGACAUACGACAUGUUGGAGCGCUAUGUGGAGCAACAGGCGGCCAUAUAUUCCGCCGUGACCGACAAAGACAUGAAAAAAAAAACCAAGGACAUUAUCCUGUUGAAUGACGGUGAGACAAAGCUGGCAGAAGGCCUCAUAGAAGUGCUUAAACCGCUGAAGAAUGUCACCACCCUCAUGAGUACAGAAACAUCCCCCUCCGUCUCAAUGAUCAUGCCACUGCAGAGCAUGGUGCUGAAAGCAAUGGCACAAAGUGCAGAUGACAGUUCUGCCAUCAAAGACGCCAAGGCAGCCAUCAGCAAGGAUCUCCAAAGCAGAUACAGUGAUCCUAGCCUUCAGGACUAUCUACACAGAGCCACAGCACUAGACCCAAGGUUCAAGUCCCUGCCUCAUCUAGAUGAAGCCUGUGUUGACAAAAUCUGGGGUGACCUCACAAUAGAAGUUGUGAACCUCGAAAAGCAGGCUCAACAAGGCAUUGAAGCCCAGGCAAGCACUUCAUCCUCAGGAGCAGAAUCCGGCCCGCCAGAGACCUCUCCUCCCUCCAAAAAAUCGGCCAUGGCAACAGUUUUUGCAGACUUUUUUACAACAGAGGCAACAGCAAGUGCAAAACCUUUGUCAGAUGUCAUAAAGGAAGAGGUCACAUCCUACAAGCAAGCUGGCUGCAUCUCUGUAGAUGAAGAUCCCCUCGCAUGGUGGAAGAGCAAUGCACACAAGUAUCCCCAUGUGGCGAAGUUGGCACAACGUGACCUGGCUGUCCCAGGCACAUCCGUGCCAAGUGAGCGGGUUUUUUCUACAGCAGGGGACAUUGUCACGGCAAGUAGGUCUCGUCUCUUGCCAGAAAAUGUAGACAAACUGAUUUUCUUGCAAAAAAAUCUGAGAAUUAAGUGAAAGGGGGAGGGCUGUUAUUAACAGUGCAGUGUUAAGGUUUAUUGCAAUAUUUAAUUGAACCUGUAUUUUUUGUAUUGUUUUAAUAUGAGAGUGGCAAUUUAAGUUAAGAUAUAUUUUUUUAAAUAUAAGAGUGGCACUUUAUGUUUAGAUUUUUUAUUGUUUUUAAUCCAUACGUUUCUUUUUUAAGCCAUAUGUUUCACAGCACUGCACUUUAAUUUCAAGUGAAACAAUACACAUAUUCUCUCUCAGGGAUUCGAGUUGUUGAUUUUAUUUUCUGUUGAGCUGGUUGGAUGGUGGGCUCAUUAUGUUUACAGCCUCAUGUUCUCAGGCAAUUGUGUGUUCUUCUGUUCUAAAGACUUCGUCUGUUCCUGUAGAUGCCACCAGAUGGCAGCAAACAUCCUGACACUUUUUUGAGUAAUAAAUGUAAAACAUGUUGAAAUCAUCCAUGUCUUCCUUCUUGCUCUAUCAAAAUACUAGGUUUCUGAAAUAAAAUGGUGUGCUUAGAGGCAAAUGAACCUCUGCAUUAUUAUUACAUUAUGACUAUAAUUCUAUAACCUUUUGCUGUAUCCUAAAAUAUGGUAAGUUAAGGUAAAUGGCAAUUAACUUGAGACUUUACCCCUGUUAUAAAUUGGCUGUUACCAGAAUGGCAAGGACCAAGGAUAUUACAAAAGGCACUGUAAUUUCAUAGUUGUGUAGUACUGUGGUAGUAAAAACUUUUAAGUGAUUAUUACAGUGUUCCACUGGUGUAAUGGUGUGUAUUAUGGGGCCAAGAUAAAAAGUAAAAAAAAAAAAAAAAAAAAA